AUGUACGCUCGCGGCGACGCCUGGGCUACCUUUCAACCUCAAGACAGCGACAAGCUCGAAAAGAGGUGGAACAAACUCGCGGGAGAAUCCAAUGACCAUUCGCCUCGCAAGCAGCGCCUGAACCGUGAUGCGAAGCAACCCGCCAACUCUUCUGCUCCGCAUGCUCCUCCGUCUGGCGUAGAUGCCAUUCACACCGCUCUUGCCGGCUUUGAGGACCCGUCUUCGGAACACAAGCCCAAUUCCGACUCAGCAUCGAGCAAAUGCGAGACCUCGAGCAGUCCUUGGCUGAACGGUUUGCGCAGCUACCUUCCCUUUGCCAACAACCAGCCAAGGUCUGAUCGAAACGACAACUCGCGAGAUCGUUCAGUCGAUUCCGAGUCAUCUUCCGAUCGAGAUGACAACAAGUCGGAAUCAGAAAAGUCCCAAGUCAACCUUGUCCUUGAUCCAGAUGAGCCCGAAUCCGAUCGUGCUGCCACAGUGGAGGUCAUGGAGGACAACCUCUUCGAUGUCGACCUGGAAUCCAUGACUCUCUAUCCUGUCUUUUGGAAAGGUGUCUUGCUCAAGGUCGUGAGAGCAACAUGGUUCUAUUCGUCCCUCACCGACGGAUCUUACGUACCCAUCAGCUGCGACGAUCCCUUAUCCAAAGACCUCGACCAUGCCUAUGAACAGGCUCAGCCUUGGCUCCAUGCUACCGAUCUCGACACUGAAGCAUCCAAGCACCAAGCAGCUGACACGGCUGAAGAAACGGAAAGGGCCAGGCUCUAUCCACUCCCGAGCAUGAAGGAUCAAGGUCAAGUCUCUUUUCAGGACGCACAAGUCGGUCGUAUCUUUUCUCAGGAUCUUCGUGGCCGCUUCCUGUCCGUCCUCGGUGGCGCCGUCGUUGUCCGAGGUUUCGAUCGUGCAGAGCAGAUCGCAGAGCAAAGGUCCUUCAGCCCAUUUUCCAAUCUCUCCCUGCCCUGGGCCAACGACAACGAGAAGGACGGCACGUCAAACGCCAACGGCUCUUCAAAGUAUACACAGGCGCAGCAAGAAGGUACCAGCAUCGGCGCUCGGUCUGCCUCGAAGCGCCAAGGCGCUGCUAGGGCUGGCUCCUCUCCCCCCUCCGGCGGCGGAGCGGAUGGUCCUAAUCGCGCCAGAUCUUCGACCAAUGGAGAUGAGGACGAGCGAAGAUCCUUCGCUGCCAAGCUCGUCCCCUCCAGUGAUGCAGCCUUGCGCCCCUUCGUCGCCCUCAAGAGAUUCUUUGGCUAUGACCAAAACGAGGCUGCCGACGAGGGAAAGCGCCAGGUCAAACAAGAUAUGACCCACGACGAGCUCGACCGACAGAAGCGCUCCGAGAACGACCCCGACCUCUUGCCCGACGAUCGCAAGGAUGAGCCUCCAGAGCUCGUCUUCGCCAUCCACGGCAUCGGUCAAUCCCUGGUAGAGGAUUUCGAAGCUCUAGACUUUGUCUACGAUGUCGAGCACCUCCGCAAUCUGGCCACCGAGAACGCGCGUGAUCCUGCCGUACGCCGACUUUCCCGAGGUCGGCGCGUACAGUUCUUGCCAAUAUGUUGGCGGCGCUUCGUGGCAUUCGACGACGAGCCUGAGGACAACGACAACUUCUACACCCUCGACGACAUCACCAACUCCGCGGCCAUCCCCGUGAUCCGCAACAUCAUUACAAAAGUGGUGCUAGACGUGCCCUUCUAUCUAUCUCGCCAUCGUAAAAAAAUGAUCGACUCGGUCAUCUCGGAACUCAAUCGUACCUACCGCCUCUUCUGCCGUCGCAACCCUGAUUUUGAGAAGAACGGAGGUCGAGUCUCCCUCAUUGGCCAUUCUCUCGGCUCAGCCCUCGCGGCGGAUAUAUUGUCGGCGCAGCCUUCAGUCGUUCCGCCGCUGUUGGAAGUCGAGCAGUCGGACCACGAAGCGCUUCGACGCAACGAUCGUCUCCACUUCAACGUCAAGAAUCUCUUCUUCAUCGGUUCGCCCGUUGCAUUCUUCUUCCACCUCGAUGGCGGACAGCUCAUCGCGAGGAGUGGUACGCAGAGGCACCCUGAAGACACCUCGGACGCGUUCGACACUAGGAAGGACCGAUACGGCUGCCUCGCCGCUGAGAACGUCUACAACGUUUUCAAUCCCAACGACCCAGUCGCUUUCCAACUGGCGCCCACGGUCGACUCGGCCUACGCCAAGCUGAUCAAGCCCAUCGCCAUCGAGAGCGCCACGGAGGCUCUGCUCCGCACUUUGUCGUUGCCGCGCAUGAGCGUCAGUCGUAUCUUUGAAAAAUACAAGGAGCAUCCCUUCCAGGCUGUUGGCAAGAUCGGCAGACAAGCGAGAAUUCUCGCCGACGAUCCAGAUGCGCUUCCAGCGGGUCUAUCGCCUGAAGAAAAGCAAAGGGUAACGUCCAGAAAGAAGGGCGAACGCAUCGUCGACAGUUCCGACUACAUAAAGACCAUCCGCAAAUGGCACCACCUCCAGAAUGCAAGUCCCACGCCUUCCGACUUCGGAGCCGCAACACCUGAAGCCCGCGAGCUAGAAACAGAAAAGGGAACACGCAAGAAGACGCUUCAACCAGAGACAGCGCUCCGCACAUCCUCAAUCCCUGAAGACGAGGCCGACGACAAGCACGACUUUGAUCUCGAUUCGCUCGAACGCGCCGAACGUCGAUUCCGCGCACUCAACCCGCACGGCUGCAUCGACUACCACCUCUCGGAAACCAUCAGCCUCAGUUCCUAUAUCGACGCGCUCGGAGCACACCUGUGUUACUGGACUCACAGGGACUUUGCCGUCUUUGUAUUGACGCAGCUGUUCAUGGACUUUACCAAACAAGAUGAGCUCACGAUUGUGCCCGAGCUGCAGGGAGCAGGCGGCGAAGGAGAUGGCGAGGAGAGCCAAGACGACGAAGGAACGGACGAGGAUGACACUGAUGAGGGUGAUGACGAAGAAUGA